AUGAAUUCAUUACAAAUAGAUUUACCACCAUUUCCUGAAACACCAAAAAAAUUGAAAAGAUCAAGAGAUAUUUUAGAUUCUUUUACAAAUUUUGAUGAAGUUUCUCCAAUUAGAGAUCCAAUUAAAAAUGGAAAAAAAUUAUUAAGAAAUUUCCAAUAUCCAUCUCCAGAAAAUUCACCUGAAAAGAAAAAAGUUAAAAUUAAUAAAAUUUCAUCGAAUAGAUUGGUAUUUGGUAAGCAAUCAAUAUAUGCACGUACAAAGAGUCUUUUACAAAGAUCUUCAUUAAUAACACCGAAUGAAACAGGUGCUUUAUUAACAAGAGAAUACCAAUGUUCAACAAUAAUGAACUUUUUAGAUGAAAAUAUUAUUAAUCAUAAAAGUAAUUCUUUAUACAUUACAGGUCCACCAGGUACAGGAAAGACUGCACAGUUAGAAUCUUUAUUAAAAAAUAAAUUUUUACCAAUUGAUAUCAAUAAAUCUCAUAUUAAACAAAAUUAUAAUUCUGAUCUUGUAAAUAAUAAUUAUUAUCAACCAAUUUCAUUAAAAGAACGUACACAAAAUGUAAACGUCUCAUCAAUUAAUUGUAUCGCUAUAAAAGAACCAUCUCAAAUAUUUCAAAGAAUAUAUGAAUCCUUUGUUACAAAAGAAUUUGAAUCUCAAAAUAAAACAAUUAAAACAAUGUUACAUUUACAAACUUUUUUAAAAAAUUAUUCAAAGGAGACAACAUUUGUUGUUAUAUUAGAUGAAAUGGAUAAACUAGUACGUUUAACAACUAAUGAUACUCACGCAACAAGAAUAAUCUUUGAAUUGUUUAUGUUAGCAAGGUUACCUGAUAUAAAUUUCAUCUUAAUUGGUAUUGCCAACUCGUUAGAUAUGAAAGAUAAAUUUUUAUCAAGAUUAAAUUUAAGACAAGAUUUAUUACCAAAAACUGUUGUAUUUAACCCUUAUUCAGCAGAAGAAAUGUUUCAAAUUAUAAUGGAUAAAAUCAAUACUUUAGAUGAAUGCAUUUUUAAUCCAAUGGCAAUUAAAUUUGCUGCAAAAAAAUGUUCAGGAAAUACAGGUGAUUUAAGAAAAUUAUUAGAUAUCUUGAGACAUAGUAUAGAAAUUGUUGAAUUAGAAAACUUAAUGGAAAGACGUAAAAAUGGUCAAAACUCUAUACAGAAUAAUAAUAAUGAUGAUGAUUCUCAAAUUAAAAAAAUUGGAUUACAACAUAUCGCAAAAGUAUUUUCUUCAAUUACAAAUUCUUCUUCAACAAGAUCAAGAAUUAGUAAAAUUAAUAUGCAACAAAAAGUCAUAUUGUGCAGUUUAGUACAAAGAGAAAAGACAGAUAUUUUCCAAAGUAGUUGUAAUCUGGAUGAUGCAUUCAGUUACUACGUAAAGUUGCUUAAUAAUAAAGAUGUAUUCAAACCAAUGAAUAGAAAUGAAUUUCUGGAGAUUUGCAAUGCAUUAGAGACCUGUGGUCUUGUAGAGAUCAAUAGUGGUAGGUCAACAGGUAAAACUAAACACAUCGUUAAACUUAUUAAAACAACAGUAGAUGAGAAAGAAUUCACACAGGAGAUCAGCAAGACAGAACUUCUUAAGAACUUCCUCAUUUUGUAA